UCUUUGCGAAUACACUAAAAUCAUUCUCCAUCCAACAAUCCGGGACUAAAGUCGUUUUUCUUGCCGGAUAUUUUUUUUUAUUAUUUCGUAAUCUAAUUCAGACAGUUUUAAUUUUACGAUAUUACUGGAUAAAUUGUGCUUUUUUUUUUAGUUAAUUAGCAAAAUAAAAACUAUUUACUAAACACCAUACUUUACAAUUAUUAAGAAAAGUUUUCAACAUAUAUUUUGUCUGAGGGUCAAGUGUACGAAUGUGAGUUGAAUGAAACCUGUUUUUCACAGAAAAAUCGCAUCUAACGAGUCCCGCAUGUAGUUUCGUGUCGAAAAUUUUACGCUGUGAUCACAUAUUUAUUCUCACAAAUUUAUUAGUCGUUAUAAGCUCUCAAGUGACUUUAUUGCUCAUUUUUUCUUUCAUAUCUUUUGACGCUUUAAAGAUAACGCCAACAAACGCUUUUUAGUCUCAGAAACAAUGAGUGGUGCAGACAAUCGGGCCUUUGAAAUGGAAGAGGCGCGUUUGGAAGAGAUUGAGAAAAGUGAAAAGAAACAGGAUGCCGAAGAAGUGUUAACUCCCAGUGCAGUUGAUCCAAUUUCUUUGAAGAAAACCACUUUCUUAGAUAAAAUAUGGUCAUUUUUAGCAACCUACAAAUCCACAAUUAUUGCUAUCUUUCUCGUAGUACUCAAUAUUUUGGUGUUAAUCUAUUUUGGUUUCGCAACACACUUCUUUGUGGAAUACACAUGCUCUACAAAUGAUAACUGUGAUUUGGGUUGGUGCCAUGGCUACGGAUUUCUGAUAAUCCUUCUGGUAUUUUUGUAUGGAGGAUUAAUUUACUUUCAAGUCAUCAAGCGUUUCUGGGGUCAACACCUUUACAAGAAGUUUAUCAACCCAUUUUCAAAAUUCAUAGGAAAUAUUUUCAAAUCACGGUACAUUCGAAUUACAGCCUUUUUAAUUGUGCUGGCCGCAUUUGUGGUCUUUUUGAUUUUUGAGACUACAGAUAAUCGAAAUAGGCUCCGAGGAUUACUGGGAAUUGGAAUUAUACUCUUCUUUGGAUUCAUAUUUUCUAAGCAUCCGUCAUAUAUAAAUUGGCGUCCAGUUGUUAUGGGUACUAUUCUACAAUUUCUCCUAGGACUAUUCUGUAUCCGAUGGGAUAUUGGACGCAGUAUAUUUGAUUGCAUUGGCCACAAGGUUACAACAUUCCUCAACUAUGCAAAUCAGGGUGCCGAAUUCGUAUAUGGAGAAUUUUUAAUAUCUUCUGGAGUAUUUGCUUUUGUUGUGCUCACUGUGAUAUUUUUCUUCAGUUUUAUGAUUUCUGUUUUAUACUACUUGGGAGUGAUGCAGUGGGUAGUAAUAAAAUUAGGAUGGAUCCUACAGGUGUGCUUAGGAACUACGGUGUGUGAAAGUGUGAAUGCUGCAGCUAAUAUUUUCUUAGGACAAACGGAAUCACCAUUGUUGAUUCGUCCAUAUUUAAAGAAACUCACGCUCUCUGAAAUGCAUGCUAUUAUGACAUCGGGAUUUGCCACUGUGGCAGGUUCGGUUUUGGCAGCAUAUAUCUCCUUUGGUGCUAAUCCAGCAUAUCUUAUCACGGCUACAGUUAUGGCAGCACCAGGCAGUUUAUGUUACUCAAAGCUCUUUUAUCCCGAAACGGAAAAGAGUAUCACAAGUUCAGACAACAUCGAAAUGGAAAAGACAACUGAUUCAUCAAUUUUGGAUGCUGCCACAAAUGGAGCUGUUACAGCAAUAUCUCUAGUUUUGGGAAUAAUUGCAAAUUUAAUUGCAUUCGUAUCCUUUGUUGCCUUCAUUAAUGGACUAUUGGGAUUCUUCGGGAAUCUCGUUGGGGCUGAUGAUAUAUCACUAGAACUCAUCUUUGGAAAAAUUUUCUUACCAUUAGCUUGGAUUAUCGGAGUUCCAGAUCAGGAUUGCGAUCGCAUUGGACAGAUAAUUGGAAUUAAAACCGUGGUGAAUGAGUUUGUAGCAUAUAAAGCACUCGGAGAUGCUAUAAGUGAGGGUGUGGCAAAUCCUGAUGUUGCUCUGCAUCCCCGUAGUAUAGCAAUUUGUACAUUUGCCAUUUGUGGUUUCGCUAAUCCUAGUUCUUUGGGCAUUAUGAUCGGAGGACUGGGAGCUAUGGCGCCUGAGAGACGAUCUGCAAUUACAGCCGUGGCCAUUCGAGGAUUCAUAGCAGGAACCUGUGUUUGCUUUAUCACAGCAUCCAUCGCAGGCAUUCUUAUGGCAGAUAAUAUGUUUUCAGAAAUGACUGUUAAUAGCAUUAAUAACACGCGUAGGAUUUAUAUGUGAUUCUUAUAUACAUUGAUUAUAGUUAUGAUUAUACAUUUUUUAUUUAAAAAUAAAUUUUAAUGUCUUUUAGUAA